UGGCGCAAAGCAUGCCAUGUUUGAAAAAUUCGGCGAUGCCCGCGCGCGCCAAGCAAAACAAAUUCUGUUAUCUAUAUAUGUAAGCUAUUAUAUGUAAGCCACUGAUGAUACUCUUCUCGAUCUUGUCCAUUAGUCGUUGGGUUCGCAGCGGGUAUCCAUUAUUUUGGACGUCAGGCUGGGGGGGGCCACCCGUCUCAUCCGUCUCCAGAACCGAGGGAUGCCGUGUGUGUGUGGGGGGCGAGCCGGGAUGGAAUGCAACGGGUGGCCACCUCCCGCCUAUCAUGAUCCAGUCGGGUACCUGUCUCGUUAUGAUUUCACCACUUCUCUAUAUUGACAGGCGUGCCGUACCGCCCGCUUCACAACUUCCGCGGAAGUCCCUAUAACAAUAUCCAAAUGCUCUAACUUUGCUUUGUUCCACUGCCUUUCCCCCCCCUGCGACCCCCCCUAACAGUUUGUAUUCUUACACGCGUGUCAUCGCUACCGCUUAACGACUCAGACUUUCUGAUACACACUGAGCAUGUUUCGUUCGUGGGUUGAUAACUGAGCCAUAAGUGGUGUGGUGUUUCGCAAUUUAUAUGUUAUGAAACAUACCUUCUACAUAGCCUAUCCCCAACAUUC